AUGUGUUACUACACCAGUUUCGAGUUGCACCUUAAAGUUUUAAGAAUUUUGAGUGGCACUGGUGUAUCACCACUGCGAGCCGGUGUUGCAAUAAGGUCAAAAACCAAAGCGUAUCAAGCUCUGCAAAAACCAGCAAAAAAAUCGUCAACCCCCAACCCCUCCGACUUGAAAAGCUCCCUCAGUAUUAUUACCGAAUCUAAGCAGAGUGCCGACCAGCACUUCACAUUUCCAGUUUAUACAGUUGGAAGUUAUCGAACAGCUCCGCCACAAUUUUGGAUCAUGCUGUCGUUGUUUUACUUCUCGUUAUUUUACGCGGUCACAAAAUUAGUACUUUUUGUCAAGGCGGAUGAACAAGAAGAACUGGGGGAUGUGAAAAUACCAGAAAGGGACAAGAUUCGAAGACCCAUCUUCAUCGUGGGGUCAUUCGUUUGGACGAUGUACACUUGCACGUGCUGUGCGGUCUACUUUGUCCAUUUCUUCAAACAUGAAAGACUCUGUGCUAUGCUUCUCAAAUGGCAAAUUUUGGAGGGAGAGCUUAUUUCAGAGUCUAAAGCCAUUCAAGCAACGGAGGACAGUGUGGCAUCAUUUUUAAAACGACAACGAAACGGGCUGAUCACUUUCCUUUUAGGAUUUCCAUUCUCCUUUGCCUUCUUGGGAGCUGGAACCACGUAUUACAAAAGAUUCCCGAUGAACAUGUUUUCCAACUUUGCUACAGGUUGGGAGCAAGACAGGUUCUGGAUAGAGCCGGCGUGCUUGAUAAUUUCAUGGAUACAAGUCGGGUAGGUAUAUGCAAGUAUUUUUCCAUUGGACAAUACGAUAAUCAGCUUAUUUGC